CGCGAAGAAGCUUCUGUAUCCCUCCUCUGUGUAACCUUUAUGUUUGUGUUUUAAUUUGUGUUCUUUUGUAAAUUUUACUUCCCGCUAUCACUCUUUCUCACUAUCUCUCUGUGUGUAAUGUCUGCUGCAAAAUCUAAAGCAUUCUCGAUGGCGGCGAUCAACUCGGUUGCCAUUGACACGGUGCGGCCGUCACCGAGAAUUAAAAAAAUCUCCCCCAAUGGCAUAACCAGCGAUGACGUGUCGUUCGAAGCGUACAAACAGCCGAAGCACAAGUCCAAGCGCCGCAGCUUCUCGCCGAUGGUGCACCAGAACCAGAUACCGUCACCGGACCUGUCGCCGAUCGAGUUACUGCAAACGUUUUGCAUCUCGCCACGCCAGAACACACCGAAGGCGGCAGUGCAUGCGGCCAAAUCCGGCGACGUGCCGCUCAAAACGUUCCUGUUGGCCAAACCACCAAAGACAAGACCACAUAAGAAACGAUCGCCGCAGAGCGACGACUCGGGCGCCGUAACGCCCGUGAUCAAGCACGAACUGGAGCACCGCAUAUGUGUGUCGAACAUCCUGCGGGACAUGGGACUAUCAAAGUACAUCCGUAUCUUCACCAACGAAGAGAUUAACUUCGAGGUGUUCCUUACGCUGUGCGAAAAGGAUCUCCACGACAUUGGCAUCCACUGCAAGGAGGACAUCGAGAAGAUCCUGGCCAAAAUUGCCGACUACAGCAUGAACGUGGACGGCUGAGGCCCCGGGGGGUUGAAUGGACUCAAUUUGUUUUAUCAUUAACAUCAUGUUAAGAAUCUCUCUGGCGCUUUGAAUAAUUUUAAUAAAGUGAUAC